GCGACCACAGCGUAGAGGUGCGCGUGGCUGGCAUGCUGGUGCCCGGCUCGCCGUUCCUCGUCAAGGCAUACGACGCCAACAAAGUCAGGGUCACCGAAGUCGCCAGCGGCAUCGUCGCCAAGCCUGUGUAUUUCUCCAUUGACGCCUCUCAGGCUGGGGCGGGAAACCUGGAGAUUAUUGUGUCAGUGAAUGGGCGCAAUGUUCCCAACUACGUGCAGUCUGAGGGCCACGCCAGGUUCAGAGUCAACUUCAAGCCCAAAGAAGCUGCGGUCCAUACGCUCUCCGUCAAGUUCAAUGGCGAGCCGGUUCCAGGGUCGCCGUUCAAGUGUCGCGUGAGCGACAGCAGCCAGGUGGUCAUUUCGGGCGCAGGACUCAAGAUGUCGUCCCUCGCUCGCACCGCCGUGUUCACCAUCGAUCCUCGCAGCGCCGAAGUUACCGACUGCAUUGUUCAAGUAACGUCUCCGUCCGGCUCUCGGGUACCAGUGCAGAUAACAGGUGAGCUUCCCAACAAGGUGACUGCAGAGUUUCAACCGGGCGAGGUCGGUCCCCACACCAUCAACGUCCUUAUGGACGGAGAGAGCGUUGGUGGCUCGCCGUUUACCUGUAAUAUAUACGAUGUAACUAAAGUCCAGGUUACUGGUCUUGACCACACCAAGGUGAACCGCCCUGUGACCUUCACCGUGGACGCGUCUCAGGCGGGAGAAGGCACGCUGGAGCUCGUGGUGACCACCGCCAAGGCCUCCGUCAGGGCGGAGGUCGCGGCGAGAUCUCGAGGUCUCUACGAUGUCACUUUUACGCCGCACGAGCCCAUUCCGCACUUCGUGAACAUCACCUUCAACGAGGAAGAUGUCUUAGGAUCGCCCUUCAAGUGUGACGUGAGAGAGCUGGAGCCCCGGGAGGUGCGCCACCUGCAGCGCAAGGAGAGCCAGAUGGUUACAGCCAAAGGAGAUGGCCUGAAGCAGGUUGUGACUGGAAACGCUGCCUCAUUCACGGUGGACACGAAAGGCCUGGACGGCGAGCUGGAUAUCCGCGUCACGGGCCCUGAUGGGGGCCAGAUUCCCGCUAGACUCAUUAAACUGCGGAGUGGCUUGCAUAGGGCAGAGUAUCGAGCUGAAAAGGUUGGAUCAUAUAGUGUGGCGAUCCUACAUAAAGGCUCCCCUAUCAGUGGGACGCCGUACAUAGUUGAAGCUGCCGACCCUAGGAAGGUAUCCAUCCAGCCAGCGGGAGAUUGUUUUUCCUCUCAUGAGUGUGCUCUCAAAGUUGAUGCCUCAGGUGCUGGUCGUGGUUCACUGUCAGUUGGCGUGAGAGCAGCAGGUCAGGAUGUCAAGCAUUCCAUUAGAGAUUUGGGAGGCGGUUUGUAUCAGGUGCUCUUCUACCCCAGGGCUCCCAUCCCCCACAAAGUUGACAUACGAUACAAUGGAGUCCCUGUACAAGGUGGGCCAUUUGAAAUACCUGUGCGUAACCCAGCCACAGGGCAUGCAGUUACAGCUACUGGCCUUGGUCUUCAUCAAGCCCGGGUGAAUAAACCAACCUCCUUUGUGAUUGAGACCCUGAGUCUUCCAUCUAAGGAUUUUGAUGUACUGAUUUCGGGCCCUGAGGAUUGGGCAGUACCUGUUAAAUGCUACCAGCAAAAGGACGGCAAUCUUUUGGCAGAAUACACGCCUCACACUCCUGGCAACUAUAAGAUAGAGGUCAUGUGUGCUACCAAGCAUGUCAAAGGCUCACCAUUCCAGUGCACAGCAUAUGAUGCUUCUAAGGUUGUCCUGGAUCAUAACAAGACUCUCGUGGCUGUUGGAGAACCUUAUGCAUUUAAGUUGGAUAAGUCUGAGGCAGGAGACGCAGAUCUAGAAGUCCAGGUAGAAUCUCCAUCUGGAGUGAUGACACCCUUGGAAGUGAAGACUGGGCCUUCAGGUGAUAUGGUGGAGUGGACCCCAGAGGCUCCUGGACAGUAUAGAAUUACUAUAUUCUAUGGAGGAGAUGAGGUGCCAGGUUCACCCAUGAUCUUAGAUGUUGGUGAGUCAGGACUAGCAACUGUAAAAGGCUCAGGCUUAGAUGGUGGAGCAGUGGACACGCCUCUCUCCUUUUCGGUAGAUGGUCGCGGAUUGUUGGGUGAACCUUAUGUUACUGUUGAUGGCCCUGAUAGUGUGGCAAGGGUUAGUGUCCGGAAACAAGAAGAAGGGCUUUACCAGGUAACAUAUGUCCCUCAUGAGGUUGGCAUCUUUGAUGUCCGGGUACAGUGGAACAAACGGGAUGUGGCAGGAAGCCCUUUCCAUCCCAAGAUUGUCAACCCAGCACGAGUGCGUUUGAUCGGUGGGUGGUCAAGCCUUCAGGACAGUGAGGGGCGGCUUGAGUUGACUCCACGUGAGGAAAAACGCCUGGCCUUUGAUAUUAGUGAAGCUGGACCUGGGAAACUGCGAUCUGAAGUUACUUACGAGGGUAGAAAUGUUGACUGCAAUAUAGACCAGAAUGGAUCACGUUCACGACUGAUGUUCACUCCUCCUGGUGAAGGUUCAUAUGAGAUACGCUUGUGGUAUUCUGAUCUUCCUUUGCCUGACAUGCCAGUAUUUGGGUGGGCAGAGCCAGUAUCCACUGGAGACCAUACAAGGGUAACACUUCAAGGACAUGGCCUCACAACUGCCCGUUGUGGAGACCAGUCAGAGUUUAUCAUUGAUGGCUCUUCAGCUGGACCUGGAGCUCCAGAUGUUACAAUGAGUGGUACCAAGGCUGACAUCUCUGUUUCCCUCACUCACCAAGGCGGAGGUAUCUGGAGAGCAAUUUACACACCUAUGGUUCCUGGUGCUUAUCUCCUAAAUGUCAUGUGGUCAGAUCGCCAGGUAAGGGGCUGCCCUCUGAAAGUUAAUGUGGAAAGAGUGGCAGAUGCCUCAAGAGUAAUUUGUUCUGGAGAGGGCCUUAGGCACGGCAUGGUUGGGAACGACAUCAAGUCCUUCAUAGACACAAGACGGGCGGGACCUGGUGAGCUCACUGUCACCUGCAGCGGUCCAUCUAAGGUUGCUUUGUGUGACUUGGAUGACCAUGGAGAUGGUACCUUUACACUCAACAUUAGGCCACAGGAGUCUGGACGCCAUGCUCUGAACGUGAAAUAUGAAGGAGACCAUGUUCCUGGGUCCCCCUAUACACUCAAGGUUGCUGGAGCCCCUGAUCCAUCCAAGGUGCGCGUGUAUGGACCGGGAAUUGAGCACGGUGUGUUGGCCUCUUACCAGAGCCGCUUCAUUUGUGAUACCCGCGGUGCUGGAGCUGGUCAGCUCACAGUUAGGAUCAGAGGACCUAAAGGUGCUUUCCGUGUGGAGAUGCAGCGUGAGUCACAGAAAGACCGAACCAUUUUGUGCAAGUACGACCCAACAGAGCCUGGUGACUACCGCAUGGAGGUCAAGUGGUCUGGAGAACAUGUCCCUGGAAGCCCAUUUGUUGUUAUGAUCUUUGAUACACAAGAUGAGCUCAACAGAUACAUGGCUGGUGGAUACUCACCAACUGGAAUGGGACGAGCUCCUAGCGAAUACUAUGGUAGUAUUGGUUAUGGAACAACCUAUGGCGCUGUCAGCUUCGGUCAGAUGUCAUGGCGAGGCUCGCAGGCACAGCUGUGAGGCAGGCCAAGGUCCCCACUUGGCAUCCCCCAUAUCCCUCAUGCCACUUCCUUCACCUGUUUCAAUCCUGACUCUCCUCUUCUAGUGCCCUCCCAUGUCUUGACCAGUCCCCAUGAUCACUCCUACUCUACACCUCAGCAGGUUAAGACCAUGUCCAAGGUCUGCCAUAGAAGUAGAAACAUGUUUGAGCCCAUGCAUUGCAAGGCUCCCAUGAGACUUCCAACAGGCUACUUAUCAUCCAGGCCUUGGUCUCCAGGUUCUCGUCCUAGUGUUUUCACUUUAGCUCCUAACCUUUCCUUGAACAAGAGAUCGCCACCCUGGCAUUUGAUCCCCAUGAAAGGCUCUGCAUAUUACGUCUCUACCAACUUAGCUAGCACUAAGACAUCUUGAAAUGCCAGUAGGGGAAGAUGCUCAUGGCUCCCUCUGUAGGACCAACGCUUAGAGUCAGCUCAGUUCAUGGGAAAUGAACUCUGGGUGACAACAGUGGGGCCUACCCUAACCUUUGUUACCAGCACUGUUAUGAGGUAUACAGAGUGCACAAACUGCUCAUCCAUUUAUGAAAUUUUGUUGAUUUAUUUUAUUCUCUCUUAUUCCCAUGAAUCAUGUAUGAUCAAAACUAUUUCAUACAUUUUUAUUUGCUUGUAUAUGUAUUUUCUUUCUUAGCAUGAAAUUGUCACGCUAUUUGUUACAUUUUAUCCCAGUUGUUAAAAGUAAGACAUUUCAGUUGUCAUGAUGUUACAUUCUGCUCGAAUAGGUUAGGAAUGGAUCAUAGGUCACUAUAGAUUAUGCUGUUGUCAUAUUAAUAUACUUUAUAGAAAUAUAAUGAAUCCUUUUUAAUUAUUUGUAAAUGAUUUAUUAAUAAAUUAUACUAAUGAAA